UUUAUCAGAGACUACAUCCUGUAGCUCUCAGCUCGUCUGUUUUCCAUUUGUUGCUGAGUUUUUGCAGCUGGAAGUCUGCCUUUAUUUUCACUGCACUGUUUUCGAAUAUCAACCAGAUUUUCUCUCGCACAUAUCUGUGAAGGCCCCUAGAGGAGUUCCGCCGGGCAAGGAUUCCAGGCUAACGCUGGCGGGAUUUGGCGUUAGCUCACACAGUUAGCCCUCUGCUGUGAACCGGAUCCGGACAGAGUUUUUCUCUCUGCGUAUCUCACCACAAACAGAAGACUGAAGUUAUGAUGGCGAGUGAAAAUGCUGACGCCAACGCGGGGAACGAUGAGGAAACGGGUCCCUCAGCCGAAUCUAACGAGCACGACUAUGCCCACACUGCAGACACAAACUUGGCGAGCUCUUCCACCGAUCCUCCGGGAGAGCCCAUGCAGAGCGUCCUGGUGCAGCCCUCUGAGUCCCUGCAAAUGGAGCUUCCAGAACCCACUGUGGGUGCAGAGGUAGACUGCCCUGUUGGGAAUGAAGUGGAGGCACAGACCGGAGUACACCCCCAAAAGACUGAAGACUCUCAGUUGGCUGCUCCGGCGGUCCAUCGCGGAGGUCCGCGGCGAGUGAGGCGGCCGGAGGACAAAAACUGCUCCUGCUGCAGGCUCGAGUUCGAGCGGCACGGUCGGUCCUUCAACCGGAGGGCGGUGUACACGUUCACCUCCCCGGAGACUGUGCACUGGGCCUUCCCGGGCUGCGUGGUCCACGAAAAGUCCUUCCUGUGCGAGACGUGCGCACAGGUGAUCCGGAGCAAAUGCAAACGCAAACAGAGCGGGAAACGGAAUCUGUGGCUAAAGCCGCCUCCGACCAAACCGUCGCAGGUGAAUGAUAAGAAGGCGGCAGGUUGCAGGAUGGGGAAAAAGAGCAAAGCAGCGCUGCUUGUGAGCAAGUCCAGCUACAAAGCUGCUUUCCAAAUGCUCUGGUCCUCUAAAGGUGCCCGGAAACCCAUGAUGGAGUUCUGGAGCAAACAGCUGAAAAAUGAGAUGAAGACGCUGUCGCGACUGUCAGACAAUCCCUUCCAUCAGAAGGUAUCUGGGAAAAAACCGCUGUCGUCCUUCCCCUGGCGGCGAUGUGUGAACUGGGUUCAGGAAAAGGCUCCGCUUGUCACCACGUGCCUCCGCUCACUGUUCCCAGACAUCAAUGCCCUCUACAAGAGCAACAGCCAGCUGACAGAGGAGCAGGCUUUCAUGCUGCUGGAGCGACGGACUGUGGUGGCGCUCUCCAUCCCUCUCUUCACCAGGAACAUCUGGAAGAACAACUUCCUGCAGGCCGCUCUGGGGGCUGAGCUCCGCCUGCAGGGCUGCUCCGGGUCCGCCCUUGAAAUCCUCAACACUAUGGGCCUGUGCCAGAACAAAGACACCGUCAGGUUGCUGCUGCACAGACUGCGAAAUGGCAAAGACAUGGAUGGAGACGCCGGGAUGAACGCUAAAGAAGAGCAACUGAAAGAACAGAUGGGAGAAGUGAUGACAGAUGAGGAGGAAGAGGAAGAGGAAGAAGAGAAAGAUGAGGAGGAGGAAGAUGAUGACAAUGAAGAGGAGGAGGAAGAGGAGGAAAUGGUGAUGGCAGUAGAAGAGGAGGUAGUUGAAGAGGAAGUGCAGGACGGGAUGCAAGAGGAGGAAGAAGUUGAGGAGGAUCGUGCAGAGGAGGAAAAAGAAGAAAAGAAGAGAAAGAAGAGGGCGAAAAAGCAGAGGAAGGAGGAGAAGAGGAAGGAGAGAGUGAAACGAAAGGCGAAGGAGCAGCAGGAGGAGGAUGACGACGAUGAUGAUGAGGACUCAGAGCAGAAAAAGAAGAGGGUGGUGGUUGUGAGGCUCGGAUUGCUGAAGGGACACUCGGAGGUCGGACGAUCAGAUCUGUCAGCUCCUUAAGACUGCAGGCCCCUCCUCCAAUCAGAGAGCAGCACAGAGUCCCCGCCCUCUUCCCUGGCAUGGUUAGUAACUGUAGAGGGAAAGUAAUAAGAGCUUUAAUAUAAAUGUUCUGUUUCAGUUUGAGCCCAAGAACACAAAAACUGCUCCAAUGUGAGUAACAGCAAAACACCCACAGCUGAUUAAUUAUGACUGAAAAUCAACAAAUUCUUCCUUUCAUUGCACCUCAUAGCAAAUUUUAAAAAAUUCAGAUUUAAAAAGGAAAAUAACAAAUUUGGCUCAAAUCACAAGAACAGCAACGGGAUGAAGUACAAUGACCUAGAGAAUAAAAGGGUAAAAACACUGGGUGAUUAAAGUAAUUAUUCCACAUGAUAUUGAAAUAUUAUGUUAGUAAAGUCCAAUAUAGCAACAGAAAAUAAAUGUUAUGAGAAUAAAGUAAUUUUGUUUUGAUUAUUUGUUAGUUGAUCGUGCACUUGUGUUUUGCACUCGGUCACAAGUUUUCACAUUAAACCCAAAUAUUCUCUUUAUAGUAUUUUGAACUUUUAGUAGCAGAAGAUGAGAUGCUGGUAAACAUUGAACAGCGCUCUCUUUCAGGAAAUUCUGUUAAGCUAGUUCAUUGAUUUACUGCCAAAUUCCAUUCACCAAAACUCUAAUGUUAGUCAUCCAAAAGCUCUAUAUAGAGCAGCUAGGACCACUUCAGAGUCUCAGAUUAGCACAAGUGAGGCCUAGCAGGCAGCGAUUGGUUACACCUGGCUUUUUUUUUCCGUACCUUCCCACUCUAACUGUAUGCCUAACAAUCUCCAAAAAUAUGAGUUCUAUCAAAACCCACUGCUUGUAAAGUCGAUACAAAGUGGAAAACUAUCCAUUACAGACCAAAACAUGUUUUUAUUUGUUGUAAAGUCAUCCAUUUAACCAUAUGACUCUAUGGGGAUUGGCUCGCGUUUGGAGACAGCCUCAAGUGGCCAGUAGGAGUACUGCAGUUCUUUGACUUGGCUUGGCUUUGUUUUUUUUAGCUUUGAGGCUGCUGCUUGCAAAUAUGGCUAAUUGUGGUCUAGAUGAGUAAUUAAAAAAUGUAACAUUACUCAAAAGACUCAUGUAAAACAAAAAGUUAUUUUUCUGUUGACUUUAUUCUCAUCACAUUAUGGCUUGAUUCUCAUAACACUGAAUCUUUUUCUGCUCAUAAGAUUUACACUGAAACACACCUUACCUUUCAGUAAAGUCCGAGCAGUUCCCUCCACAGAGUUUUUCUUAAAUUCUGGAUAUCUAUUGAAUCUCAAAGCACUUCCCUGUAAUUACACAGUUACUCUUACAAAAAAAAAAAAUUAAACCGUGCUUGUGAUGCCACGUAAAAUGCAUGAGAGGGGGGUACAAGCUGCACUUUUAGCUUCAGAAAGACUGGAUAUCCUCAAACACUUUGACUAAAGCCAUCAGUGACCAUCGUGGACUCCGUGUUCAUUGGACUGUCAGAGCUAUCAGGAGGUGAAAAUUUUCUAAUCCUGCUGCUGUUACGCCAUCUUUAUUUUUACAAACUGGCAGGAGAAGAUUGUGCGAGUUUGAUUCUGAACACUGUGACGUCUCAAAGGACUGAGGCUGGGAGCUGAGUAGAUCCACACCCGAGAAAAGGACCUGGACUUUUUGUUAGCUUUGAUGAACCAAACUGAAGCGAUCGAAGGUUUUGGUGUGCUUGUUCGAUGCACAGCGAAGCUUUUAUGCAUCGUUUCUUCGUGUCAUGCUGGACCGAUGGCAGGAUUGCAGAUUGGGGCGCCUGCAGACAUCAUAGCCACUGAGUAACCAUUAAAACAGACUUUCAGUGGUAGUUAGUGUCCUUAUGUUUGGUUUUCAGGAGAUUGUUUAAUGUAUCAGAGCUUUUAGAGGAACUUUUUUGGCAUGACAUGAACACAAUGGGAAAUGUGUAAAAAGCCUUUAAAGAUGGGAUAAAUACCAAAAAAAGUUCCUUAGACUGUAAUUUCAGUGAAGUUUACUAAGAAGUUUCAGAAAAGAUAAUUUUUUGCACUUCGGUCCUAAUUACAGUGGAAAUGAAUGUUAGAUAGGUUUGGGGUUUUUGUUUUUUUUUGUAACUGUAAUUUGAACCAGAGUGUGAUGUUCUUUUCAUGGGAUUAUUACAAAGUCAAAGACCUGUAACAUUUAAGAGUUUAUAAAUGAUGAUCUGUUUACUCAGUUCAGUCUGAGAGCUUCCUGAAGCAGGACACUCUGUAACUCACUCUGAUUUGUAACGAGGUUUGGUCCUUUGGGGUUUCUCAGAGUCUCAGAGAUGGUUUUUAUUUUUAUGUUUAAGUUGUGGAUCGCUGUGUUUUCCGACUGAUCUCAGAUCUGGCGCUCAGACAGGGGAAGCACAGCGAGUCUGAAACUGAGAUUCUUACUGCAAAAAGUUAACCAAUAAAAAUGUUUAAGGCUUCA